AUGGGGCAGUGUCGGUCAUUACAGGGUCGUGAGCGGGGGAGUGGGAGGACCAGAACGGGUCACAGACACAGUGAUCGCAGUAGUCGGAGUGCGAGUCGGGAAUGCCGCAGGUCCAGAGAGCGGAGUGGGAGUCAACUCAGGAGCCACAGCAGUGGUAGCACAGAGCAUGGCCGGUUCUCAACCCAGCAUCGGACCCGGAGGCGGAGGAGGAGGAGCGGGAACCGACGGCGAGGGCGGACGCACAGCCGGCGCACUCGUCACAGAGACCGCCGUGGGCGACACCGAGGGGGGCGGGCGAGGCACAGGCACCACGCAUCGCACAGCCGGAGCCCGAAGUUGAGCAGAAGCAGGAGCCCGCGCUGCCGGUCCAGGAGCAUCAGCAGGGACCGUGUGUACGGACGCACUCCGGAAGAGCGAGAUGCAUGCACCAUUCUCUGCCUACAGCUCUCCGGACAGAUCCGACCCAGGGACCUGGAACGUUUCUUCUCCACUGUCGGAAAGGUCCGUGACGUGAAGAUCAUCUCGGACCGCAGCUCCCGCCGAUCGAAGGGCAUUGCGUAUGUGGAGUUUUACAGUAUAGACAGCGUCCCGCAGGCGAUCGGCCUCUCCGGAACAAAAUUAUUAGGAGUCCCCAUCAUCAUUCAGGCUUCCCAGGCAGAGAAGAACCGUCCAGACCCCGGGGUCGGACAGCCGCAGCUUGCGGGAGACGGCCCGCUCAGGCUCUACGUGGGAUCGCUCCAUGCUGAUAUCACCCAGGACAUGCUGAGGGCAAUCUUCACGCCCUUCGGCAAGAUCGACAGUCUACACCUUAUCAAGGACCCACUGACCGGCAUUUCCAAGGGAUACGGGUUCGUCACGUUUGCCGAUGCGGAGUGUGCGCGGCGGGCUCUGCAGCAGCUUCACGGCUUCGAGCUGGCGGGGAAGCCGCUCAGGCUGAGCCCGGUGACGGAUCGCUGGGAGCCGGACCCUGCCGUCACCGUCCUGGACACCGAGGACACGGAGCGCCCCGGGAUCAGCUUGGGACCCAGCAGCCGUCUCCAGCUGAUGGCUCGCCUCGCUAAGGGAUCCGGACUGGAAAUUCCGCCGGCCACACAGGCCGCUCUCCAGCUCCAGAACAUCUACCCCUUUGGGAUCCUAAUGCCGAAUGCCGCAGGCCCCACCCUGACUCAGGGUCUCCCUGGGACCACCCCAGGUUGAGAGGGACCAGACAUGGAUGGGACAGGGUGGAUGAGGAAGGAGCACAUCAUCAAAGGCCCGUUCAGCUCUGGGUCUCUGGAGAGAAUGUCCCAAUGGAGAAUUACUGACCCACACCAACACGGGACAAUCCCUAUUGACUGAGUCCCACCUCACCGUCCUGUCAGACACAGAGUGAAACUCCCUCCACACCGUCCCGUCAGACACAGAGUGAAGCUCUCUCAUCACCGUCCCGUCAGUCACAGAGUGAAACUCCCUCCUCACCGUCCAGUCAGUCACAGAGUGAAGCUCUCUCCACACUGUCCCAGUCAGAGUGAAACUCCCUCCACACCGUCCCGUCAGUCACAGAGUGAAACUCCCUCCACACCGUCCCAUCAGACAGAGUGAAGCUCUCUCAUCACCGUCCCGUCAGUCACAGAGUGAAGCUCCCUCCUCACCGUCCCGUCAGUCACAGAGUGAAACUCCCUCAACACCGUCCUGUCAGUCAGAGUGAAGCUUCCUCUGCACAGUCACAUCAGUCACAGAGUGAAGCUCCCUCGGCACCAUCCCAUCACACACUCCCACAGUCAGAAACAGAGUGAAGCUCCCUCCCCACCGUCCCAUCAUUCACAGAGUGAAACUCCCUCCCCACCGUCCCAUCAUUCACAGAGUGAAACUCCCUCCACACCGUUCCAUCACACACUCCCGGGGUCAGACACAGAGUGAAACUCCCUCCUCACCAUCCCAUCAGUCACAGUGUGAAGCUCCCUCCACACUGUCCCAUCAGUCAGAGUGAAGCAUCCUCUGCACAGUCACAUCAGUCACAGAGUGAAGCUCCCUCGGCACCAUCCCAUCACACACUCCCACAGUCAGAAACAGAGUGAAGCUCCCUCCCCACUGUCCCAUCAUUCACAGAGUAAAACUCCCUCCGCACCGUCCCAUCAGAUACAGAGUGAAACUCCCUCCCCACCGUCCCGUCAGUCACAGAGUGAAGCUCCCUAGGCACCGUCCCAUCACACACUCCCACAGUCAGACACAGAGUGAAACU